CCUGCCGCUCACGUGCCCUCACCCAACCGGAGAGGGGACUUCCUCCGCCUCUCCUGCCGGCCUUUCAAGGAAAGUGAAAGUGAAAGGGAGAAGUGGAGGCUUCGGGGCUGAGCAGAUCGCGGCGCCAUGAAGCCCCUGUCUCUGCCCCUCACCGUGGCUUUGGCCUUGGUGACCGCCGUCUCGGCGGGACCCGCGGUGAUAGAGUGCUGGAUGGUGGAGGAUGCGGGCGCGGGCCGCCUGACCAAGAAACCCGCUGCACUGCUGCUGCGCCAGGGCCCGGGGACCCCACCUCCCCGACCGGACCUCGAACCCGAGCUCUACCUCAAAGUGCAUGACCCCGCGGGAGCACUCCAGGCUGCCUUCAGGCGGUACCCCUCGGACGCCCCCGCGCCACACUGCGAGCUGAGCCGCUACGUCCCGCUCCCCGCUUCGGCGAUUUGGGCCAGGGGCCUGACCCCCGAGCAGAGCUGCCCGCGGUCCCUGGACGGGACUUGGCUCAUGGUCAGCAUGUCCAGCCCGAUCUUCAGCCUCUCCAGCCUCCUGAGACCACAGUCCGAGCCUCAGCCCGAGCCUGCUCUCAUCACCUUGGCAACAGCUGUGCUGACUGUCCUCACCCACACCCCCACCCCUCGGAUCCAACUGGGACAAGAUGCUCUGCUGGACUUGAACUUUGCCUACAUGCCCCCCAGCUCUGAGGCCGCUACAUCUGUGGCCCCUGGCCCCCCUCCCUUUGGGCUGGAGUGGCGACGCCAGCACCUGGGAAAGGGGCACCUACUCCUGGCUGCAACUCCAGGGCUGGGUGAGCAGAUGCCAGCCGCCCAAGAGGGGGCAGUGGCGUUUGCCGCUUGGGAUGAUGAUGAGCCAUGGGGUCCGUGGACUGGCAAUGGGACCCUUCAGCUACCUGCAGUACAGCCCUUCCAGGAGGGCGCCUAUCAGGCCACUGUACACCUGCCGUACCUGCAAGGGCAGGUCACCCUGGAGCUUGCUGUACAGAAGCGCCCCAAAGUAUCCCUGACGCCGGCACCUCUUGUAUGGGCUGCCCCCGGGGAGGCACCCCCCGAAUUGCUCUGCCACGUGUCCCACUUCUAUCCCUCCGAGGGCCUGGAGGUGAAGUGGGAGCUCCGGGGCGGCCCAGAGGGCAGCUUUCAGAAGGCUGAGGGGCAGAGGUGGCUCUCUGCCCUGCGCCACCACUCAGACGGCUCUGUCAGCCUCUCUGCGCACCUGCAGCCCGACCCAGUCACGGCCAAACACCAUGGGGCACGCUAUGCCUGUCGCGUCCACCACCCCACCCUGCCUGCCUUGGGGCGCAGCGCCGAGGUCACCCUGGAGGUGGCAGGUCUCUCUGGGCCCUCCCUAGAGGACGGCGUGGGCCUCUUCCUGUCUGCCUUUCUCCUCCUCGGGCUCAUCAAAGCGCUCGGCUGGGCGGCUGCCUACAAGUCCACUUUGAAGGAUUCAAAGGAGAAGAAAGCACAGUGAGGGCACUCAUCACCAUCCUGGGGAAGCCACCAUCAUCUCUGGCCUGAGCUACUGCAGUAGCGCCCCCAAAUAGUACACCAUCAUCUGCUCAUGCUCCCUCCAGUCUCUCUCCACAGAGCAGCUGGAAUGCUUUUCCAAAGGACACAAACCUAUAGCAUUUCCUCUCUUAGAGCUCUAAGGCAGUGGGUCUC